UAGUUCAGUUACAUUUUACAGUUUGCGACGAAAACGAGCUCCAACCCAACGAACAACUCAAAAUGAUGUUGCUCAAGAAGUUCUCCACCUGUUUGAUGAUAUGUUUGGUUCUAUUGGCAUGCUGCAUGCAGGAAACAGAGGCCACGCGACGCGUGAAUCGCGGACGACGCACACUCACACGCAGAUACUUUACUGGCCUUGCCAUACCCGGCUGGGCUGUAGUCACCUGCGUUGCUGUUGCAGAGCUCCUGCUAGGUGCUGCUCUCUACUUUGCCAUGUAUAAGAUCAUUCUGGACAAGGAACCAGAGCAGGCGAGCACCUAUACACCGGCACAAACGCACGAUCCGUCGUCGGGUACAGCGCAGCCAGUGCAGCCGGCGCAGCCCAUGCAGCCACUACAUCCAGUGCAGCCAGUACCGGUAACACCUUCGCAUGCCACGACAAUCGCCUAAAAAUAAAUAGCCGGAAGCGUUAAUCGGUAGCACAUGUCAUUGAGUCAAU